CUUCCCCCAAAACAGAUCUGAGAAAACUUUAUUAUAACUCCUUGAAAUCAAUCACUAAAAGAAGUUCCUCUUCAGAUUUGUCUCUCCAAAUUCAUAAGGAAUAAAACAUACGCUUUUGUUAAUUUCAGUAAUGUACGGCGGAAGAAGGGUAUCACUGCAAGAUAUCAAAAUGUGUGUUUCUCAGGUUAAUGUUUCUCUGGAAAGAGAAGAUAAAGGCACCAAAAACAACCUUUAUAAAGAAUGUUAUUAUACUGGAGGCUCAAGUGAAUAUCUGAGUUGUCUAAAUCCUGAUAAGAAACCACUUCAUGAUGUGCUGGGUUUCAAAAGAGAGGUAAAUGGUAUCAUCAUGGACAUUGCACUUCAAUGGUACGUUGAUGGAUAUUCAGACACAAUGCUAGGAUAUGCUAAUGGAAUCCGCACCAAUGAUGGUGGAACACAUAUAGAUGGUGUGAAAUCUUCAAUAACAAGAACUAUUAACAACUUUGCGAAAAAGUCAGAGGUUGUCAAGGGCGAGGAUAUUACCUUCCGUGGGGAGCAUGUUAGGGAAGGACUAACUUGCGUUGUUUCAGUUAUUGUUCCAAAUCCUGAGUUUGAAGGUCAAACACAGACGAGAUUAGGGAAUCCAUAUAUCAGGGAAAUUGUUGACCAAUCAGUCCAGAUGUACUUAACGGAGUAUUUUAAAUUGCAUCAAGAUGUACUUGAGAGCAUUAUCUCCAAAUCUUUUAACGCUUACAAGACUGCAUUGGCUCUCAAGAAGGCAAGAGAUUUGAUUAGAUCAAAUAGUGUAUCAAUGCCUUGCACCAUUCAUGAGAUAAUGACCAUAGACUCUUCUGAAAAAACUGUAAAUUAUGGAGUGGGUUUGGAGAUGCUCUAAGACGUAAUAGCACCUACGCCUAUGCCUAAACUAAUUCGUCUACCGCGUUUGGUGGUAAAAAUCUUCUCUAAUCAUUUUUAGUAUCUGACAAUGGAUGUAUCUCACACUAGGAGAGGCAAAAGUGCAUCUGCAGCUGAAGAAACAAUUUUGUGGUUUGUAGAAAAGAAGAAGAGAAGGAGAUGAGGAGAAAAAAAUCGUUGAUGAUUGUGAUACCGAUUGUACUGAUAGAUGUGGAGAAUUUUGGUUUUAGUGGUAGAUAUUUAAGUAGCAUUAGUUUUUAUUGUAUCAUUGAUUUGCACUUAUGUUGCCUAGUAGUAUGAUAUUGAGCAAGCAUGAAUCGAGU